AUGGGCCUGAGCCAGAAUCGAGGGCUGCUGGGGCCAGGCCCGGUCCAGACCGGACCUAAGCCUUCCAUCCCGCCGCCUCUGGCGCAGGUAUUGGCGCAGCAGCAAGCUCAACAUGCGGCGGCGGCGGCAGCGGCAGCGGCGCAGCAGCCACAGGCGUCGUCCCCGGACCGGCCGAAGCCAGGGCUCCCUCCGGGCAGCAGCCCCGAGCCCACAGUGAGCACCGCCAAGCCGGCCUCCGUUUCCGCGCCGUCCGCGACGCCCCCGGGCUCGGGGGGGCCGCAAGGCCCAGGCUCAGCAACUUCCCAGGCCUCAUCCAGACCGUCGGCCCCUCCCGGGGGGUUUCCGCAGACCUCUUCCACCCCAGCCUCCGUGUCCUCGGGCUCGAGCGAGGACCCGCCCCCUCCGCCCCCGGGCUCCUCUGGGCCUAAGCCUGGUCCGAGCCCCGGAGGGCCCAAACCUGGUGGGCCGGGCCUCACUCCUCCCGAAGGACAGCCGAAGCCGCCACACCGGGGCGGCGGGGAACCCGGCGGGGGCCAGCAGCAGCAGCAGCCGCCUCCCCAUCCUCAGAGUCCCUCGCCCGGCGGACCCGCGGCCUGCAGUGAAGAGAUCUCGGACUCGGAGGGUUUUAAAGCAAAUUUGUCCCUAUUGAGGAGACCUGGAGAGAAAACUUACACCCAACGAUGUAGGUUAUUUGUUGGAAAUCUGCCACCUGAUAUUACAAAUGAAGACUUUAAAAGAUUAUUUGCUAAGUAUGGAGAACCUGGUGAAGUCUUUAUCAAUAAGGGUAAAGGAUUUGGAUUCAUCAAAUUGGAAUCGAGAGCUUUGGCAGAAAUUGCCAAAGCAGAACUUGACGAUACACCCAUGAGAGGGCGACAACUUCGUGUUCGUUUUGCCACACGUGCCGCUGCCCUCUCUGUACGAAAUCUCUCACCCUAUGUUUCCAAUGAAUUAUUGGAAGAAGCAUUCAGCCAAUUUGGACCCAUUGAAAGGGCUGUGGUAAUUGUUGAUGAUCGAGGAAGAUCUACAGGAAAAGGCAUUGUUGAAUUUGCUUCCAAGCCAGCUGCAAGAAAAGCAUUUGAAAGAUGCAGUGAAGGAGUAUUUUUGUUGACAGCAACUCCUCGACCAGUCAUCGUGGAACCUCUUGAGCAAUUAGAUGAUGAAGAUGGUCUUCCCGAAAAGCUUGCCCAGAAGAAUCCAAUGUAUCAAAAGGAGAGAGAGAAGCCUCCACGUUUUGCUCAGCACGGCACCUUUGAGUUUGAGUAUUCCCAGAGAUGGAAGUCUUUGGAUGAGAUGGAAAAGCAGCAGAGGGAACAAAUUGAGAAAAACAUGAAAGCUGCAAAAGACAAACUGGAAAGCGAAAUGGAAGAUGCAUAUCACGAACAUCAGGCAAAUCUUUUACGCCAGGAUCUAAUGAGGUGUCAAGAAGAACUGAGAAGGAUGGAGGAACUUCACAAUCAAGAAAUGCAGAAACGCAAAGAAAUACAGUUAAGGCAAGAGGAAGAGCGGCGUAGAAAAGAAGAAGAAAUGAUGAUUCGGCAGCGUGAGAUGGAAGAGCAAAUGAGACGUCAAAGAGAAGAAAGUUACAGUCGGAAGGGAUACAUGGAUCCUCACGCGGGAGAGAUAAGAAUGGGUGCAGGCACAAUGAAUGUGGGAGAUCCCUAUGGCUCAGGAAGCCAGAAAUUUCCACCUUUAGGUGGUGAUGGCAUAGGUUAUGAGGCCAGCCCUGGAGUUCCACCAAUAGUCCUGAGUGGUUCCAUGAUGGGCAGUGACAUCCGAGCCCCGGGGGGAGCUGGGCCUGUGGGUGGGCAGGGCCCUAGAGGGACCUGGAACUCCAGCAGGAUAUGGUAGAGGGAGAGAAGAGUAUGAAGGCCCAAACAAAAAGCCCCGAUUUUAGAUGUGAUAUCUAGGCUUUCAUUCCAGUUUGUUUUUGUCCUUUCUUGUUUAGAUACUGAUCUUUUUAAUUCUUGCAUUUUAGUAAGAAUUGACCUAAUAUUUGUAAAUGGUCUGUUUGGACGAGUAAAAUUAAUUUUUUUUUUUUACAAAAAUAGAGCAAGGUCCCAAUGAACCUUUUGCAGAUUUUGUGGACGUUUGCAAACAGCAAAAAUCAUUGGAUUCCUUGAGAUGAAAAAUUGUUGAUGAGACUAUUGCAGUACUUCAGAGCUUACAGGAACUCUUGGAUUCCUGGCACAUGAACUAAUGGACAAUGGAUUCUUUUUGGACUAUUUCUAGGACUUAUGGACUUGUGUAAAUUCUUCAUGGUGAUUCAUAUUAUUUGUUACAUUACUAUUAGCCUGUGUUAUAUUGCUAUGUGCUUAUGUGAUUAUGUACAAUGCCUCCCAUAUUGAUGGAUGACAAUGAGACUAUUAAAAGAACUUUAAAAUCUUCAUGAAUCAUUGGAUUCCUUAACACAAGAUGAACAAAACCCAGCAGGAAUCAUUGGAUUACUUGAGAUGAAAAAUUGUUGAUGAGACUUUUACCUUAGUUAAAUUUUCAUGUUGAUUGAUGUUAUUUGUUACAUUACUACCAUCCUGUGUUAUAUUGCUAUAUGUGUCUAUAAAUUAUGUGUAAUACCUCCCAUAUUGAUGGAUUUAUGUAUACCUUGUAUAUCUGUUUCAGGUUCUGGCCCAAAACAUCUCCUUGUAAGAUUAGAUCAAGGAUACUAAACCAUGCUAAAUUAGAUAAUUAUUGUCUCUAUCAACUCUAAUGACUUAACAGUUUGUAAAGAUUCCAACAUUGGUUCUCCUUCUAUGACUGGUCAGCAUCUGAAUGUUCUACUUACUUUGUUAAGUAUUGCUUCACCCAAAUCUCUGCAAGUUUCUUAAAAUAUUCUGUAUUCAUAAUUUCUUAUAAUAUAAAAUAUUCCAUUCUCAUUCUCUGACUUGUUUAGCCAAGACCCACGCACAGGCAGCAAUGUUCCUUCCAGUUUUUGGCUGCUAUAAAAAGUGUAACUGCAACUAUUUGUGUGUGUAUAUGUAUGUACACGUGUGUGUGUAUACUUUUCCUUCUUUUUCUUUCUCUUCUUUCCUUCUUCCUUCUCUUUGCCUUCUUUUCUUC